GAAGAAGCUGGCACCGCGUUUGCCUUGGACUACUGUUGUUUGCUACACUUUUAGUACUAUUGCAGAACUACUUUCCCCCAGAACUACUUGCCCGCAGUUGUUUGGUUCCGAUGUUCCUAUCGGCUCACAGACACGUAAGUAAGUUGGCCAAGAAGGGGGUAAGUCAAGUGUUGUCCGGAUGACUGCUUCAUUCCAGAGUUUUCAGAUCGCAGAGAACGAACGUUUCCGUAUCGUAUUGUUAUUUGGAACGAUGCACUAGAAAUGCAUCCUUUGGCCUGUGGCGUCGCUAGACAAGCGGCCGUAGAUACGGUGCAUUCUCGCUGCUUUUUUGGUUCACGAAUUGAACAAAUUCAGAGUAUCACACCGAGUGACCGAGGAAUGGUGCUCCAUGCGGUUGCGUUGCGCCGGGAUCCGAUUUUUGUUCGUUUGUUUUGUUUUUGUUUUGUUCAACGUUGUUGUGCUGCAGAAUCGCUCACCAGGUUGGCGAUCGUUUGGGCAUUUAAUAAAAAAAAAAAAAACUUUCGCGAGCAACAAAACCAACAACGUAAGGUUAAAUUCGCGCCUGUGCGUGGUGAUGUUACCCUCCCGUCGCGCACUUCUUUUUUCUACUUUCAUUCGUUCGUCCGUUCGUCCGCCCCCAAAAAAGGCCCAUGCUGCCGAUGAUCCUUGACCAGCACUACAUCAACCUGAAGUCGCAGGUCAUCAAGGCGGAGCGGCGCGUGCUGAAGGAGCUUGGCUUCUGUGUGCACGUCAAGCACCCGCACAAACUGGUCGUCAUGUACCUGAAGUACCUCGAGCUGGAGAAGCACCAGAACAUGAUGCAGAUGGCGUGGAACUUCAUGAACGAUUCGUUCCGCACGGACGUGUUCGUGCGCCACCAGCCGGAGACGAUCGCGUGCGCCUGCAUCUAUCUGACGGCGCGCAAGCAAAACAUUCCGCUACCGAGUAGCCCACCGUGGUUCGUGAUAUUUCGCGUCAGCGAGGACGACAUGCUGGACGUUUGCUAUCGCAUCAUGUCGCUGUACCGGCGCACGAAACCGGACGCCGACCACCUGGAGGCGGCGGUCGACGCGCUGAAGAAAAAGUACCAGGAGCAACGCAAGAAGGACCGUCCGGAUACGAACACCCCACCGACCGUCAUCACCGUCGAUCGUAGCAAUGGAUCGCACAAUGCGUGGGGCGGCUUCAUACAGCGUACCCUGCCGCCGCCGCCGAACAACACCGACACCAAUGCCAUCACCGGCGUCGGUGGUGGCGGCGGCGGAUUGAACAGCAGCAACCCGGGUGUCACUAGUGGCACCAACUACAAUAACAACGAAUCAACCGAUGGAGGGAAGACGCUGGCCGAUGGUCAAAAGUCACGCUCAGGAUCGAAGUCCCGAUCGCGCUCCAAAUCGCGAUCGGCGCGGUCCCUGUCGCGGUCCCAGUCGCACUCUCGAUCGCGGUCGCGUACCUCACGGUCACGGUCGAAAACGAGAACGCGGUCGGGCAGCGUGAUAUCGCGGUCCCGAUCUCGAUCACGAUCUCUACAAUCGCCCCGUCAUUCCGCCGGAGACGGUGGACAGAGCAAAAGCGGCGGUGGCGGCGGUGGCGGCGGUGGCGGCGGUGGCGGCGGUGGUGUUAAGCGUGGCGCAAAAAAAUCACGCCACAGAUCGAGAACACCGACAAAGAUGACGUCCAGUUCCGGGGGGAAGAAAAAACUGUCCCGCCUCUACUCAUCACGCACGCCGUCACCGGACUCGCCGCAGAAGUACAAAAAGAGUGAUAAGAAGUACGAAGUACGCCGCUCGGGACGUGAGGAGCGGGGCAGCGACAAUCGUUACACAAACGGGUCCGAUCGUGACCGUGAGCGCGAUCGUUCGACGAAGGGCAACAACUUGAGCCUCGGUUCCAUGCUCGACCGUGAGCAGCGUGACCGUCAUCGGGAUCGCGAAAGAGAUCGCGAUCAGCAGCAGCAGCAGCGGGUACGCUCCGAUACGAAGAGCGGAUACGAGCGGGACGAUUACCGUCGGAGCGAGAAAGAACAUCGGGGCAACGGAAAGCACGACAAGUACGGUUCCGGUCGACACAACAGCCCGGCAGCCCACGGUGGUCGCCAUCGGUCAUCGAAGCAUGAGCGAGAACGGUCACGUGACCGCGAACGGGAUCGGGACCGACGGCGGUAAUCGCCACCGGGGGUGUUCGGACGAAGAAGGAUCUGUUGCCAUCGGGGCUAAGCGCGCGGUAUCGCUUUCUCUCAAUCGAGUCCACUCAACACAGUAAAGUUCAACAAGUACCGGUAGGCAAAAAUCAUCAACCAUCUUCAACCUCCGUUUAUGUUCUCGUGUGCGCCGGGGAACGAUCGAUGUAUGGAAUUGUGCCGAAUUAGCUUUAAUUUCGUUCGGGAGGAGCGCAAUCAACCAAUCAACCCCGUGGCAAGGCGCCAAUUUACCGGUAAACGGUAAAUCGAACGCAGAGACGAUUUUAACUACUCCGAGUGGUGAGCCCCACUCGCGUCAUGAUACUUUCGGAGCAUACACACUAAAUGCAACUGAACGAGAAACCGAUAAUAAAUAAGUGAUACUGUU